AAAAAGAAUUCUAUACAUUCGUUUUUUCCUUCACUUGAAAAGGGUUUGAUUUUACCCUUAGUUAGUUGGUGCGCGAGCUGGACUUUUUUUUCUAGAUUGGUUGGUUUUCUGUUGCUUUUAUAUUUUAUUUUUUUCGUUGAAUACCUACUUACCUAGGUAUAUAAAUAUAAGGUUAACCUUAGUAUUACUCUUCGCUUGGAUAUAUAUACUAGCACUAGGUACCUAGGUACUGUACUUCUAUUGUCAUCUGAACUUAAAUUCAUCAUACUCACUGCACAUACUAGGUAUUUAUAUAGCUACCUAGAUACCUAGUUAAGGAAACGAGCUACAAAACAACCAAGACAACCAAGACGAAUACCUAUAAAAGAGAACCCCAUCGAUCAAUCAAUCAAUCCAUCCAUCCAUCAAGAGUCUCUUCAUGCGCAACUGGUAAACUCCCCGCGAUAGAAAAAGACACGGCAAAAAGAGAAAGAGACAGAGGACAUUGCGAUUCAUCGCCCUACCUAAUCCAAUCCAAUCCAACUUUCUUCUAUAAGUGUGUUCGAUAUCAAAAUCAGAAAUAAAUACAAAUGCCUACUCCUAUUGAAAAUCUCCUGCGCUUGCUUAAUGGGGAUAUGGAUAUUGUUAUGGAGUUUUUGAGUGAUUAUCCUGUGAUUAAUGGUAUGUUCUUUUUAUUUUUAUUUUGGGAGGUUAUUUUAUGUAUAUUAUUUAUAUUAUAUCUUCACCACUCACCCACCCCAAACUAUCCAAAGAACCCAACAUUCUAACCACCCCUUCCCAAUAGAAAUCCUCACCAACACAAUCCCCUACAUCCACCAAGCACACUCCCAUCUCCAAACCCUCACCCCCCACCUCCGCAAAACCUACACGCAAACCCUCCACCUCCUAAACCCACUCUACCAUACCCUCCUCAAGACGCUCACUCCCCUCCUAACAACCAUCCAACACUUCGCCUCCCAAGCCCCCGCUAUAACAGCUCUUAUCGUCUUACUUGCAAUAAUAUGGUAUAUAUUCUGGAUAAUGAGUUUUAUCAGGAGAGUUAUGGCAUGGGGCACAAGAAUGGUUUUUGGUGUGCUUUUCUGGGGGGUGCUGGGGUAUUUUGUGUUGGUGGUUUGGGAGAGGGGGGUUGUGAGGACCGCGGGAGAGGUUUGGGGGUGGGGUUGGUGGUGGGGAGAUGUGGAGGGGGAGUAUGAGGGUUUUGAGGAGGGAGGGAGAGGGAGUGAGGGGGCGGAGGGGUUUAGAUGGGAGGGAUGGGUGGUUAUCAGUUGGGUGGAUUGGCGUUUUGUGGGUGGUUUGUUUGUUUGUUUGUCUUUGAUAAUGAAUGAAGCGGGGAAUGGAAAUGGAAAUGGGAAACGGGAAAUAAAACUAGGGGGAAUUUUAGAUGGGAGGAAGAGUUGGGUUGGGUUGAGUGCACGAGGAAGGCAUUGGAUAUGAGGGGUAGAUAUAUGCUUUACGGCAUCAGCAAUGAAUGAUAGAGCAACAGUAGAGCAUCAUGAAAUGAUUACCCUCUACCAUCAGCGAGAGGACAUUUUUAACCAUGGAUAUGAAAC